AUUAAUUAACUAUUGUUAAUUGUAAUAAUUUGUAAAUGUGAUGCAGAUGGAUAAAAUAACAAUCUUAGGAGACGCAAUCAAACACAUGAAAGUGCUUCAAGAGAAAGUAAAACAACUUGAAGUGGCUGCUGCUCAACUUAAUACUUCCAAGUCUACGGUGGUGGUUAAGAAGUAUCAGUUGUCAAUGAAUGACGACAACGAUAACGAUAACGAUGGUUCUUCCUCCGUCCUUGUUGACGUCAUGAGCGCUAGUGGUGGCAAUAACGAUGAUGGUAGUAACAAUAAUAACACAAAUAAUGUUAUUAAGAAUUCAUCAUCACUUCCAGAAAUCCAAAUUAAGAUAUUGGAUGAUACCCUUCUCUUAAAAGUCUUUUGUGAGAAUCGUAAAGGGAUUUUGUCCGACUUAAGUGAAGUGGUGGAAAGGCAUGAUUUGAGCAUUACUAAUUAUUAUGUCAUACCAUUUCAGAGGUUCACCCUAGACAUUACCAUUGUUGCACAGAUUGAAGAGGGUUUUAACAACAAUGUGAAGGGUUUUGUUAGAACUCUUCAGUCUAAACUCAGGUCGGGCUAGUCCACGAAGCCAAGCAUCGAAUGAAGAUCGUGAUUCAUAGUUUAGCACUUAGCUUGUUCGUCUUUGGAUUGCCUUCCAAAUAAUAAGUCCUAGCUAGGAGAAGUGUUUUUUUUCUUCUCCUCCCCUUUAAAAAAAUCACAAAUCACCUCCCCUUUAAAAAAAUCACAAAUCACCUCCCCUAUAAUCUGUACUUCGUAGUAUGUAUUUAUUACGGAGUAUUGGUUAUGAAUUUAUGAUUCCUUCUGUGAAUUUUUUUUCAGCAAUUUGAUUUUUUUGCAUUAUUAUUUUUUUUUUUCCAAAAAAAAGUGUAAUAUGUCAUUGGUUUAAUAAUAUACUUUGGUAUGUCAUCAUAAUAUUUUUGUGUAAUAUAUGGACUUUCUAUAAUACUUUAAUUUGUAUUUAGUAUUUACUACUAUUUGACCAUAAUAUUAAUGGUCAAACCUAUACUUCAAAAGGUUGCACUU